AUGUAUCACCGAUACGUCCCGUUACCGAUAAACCGCGACCGAUACCGCGAUAUAAAACUAUGUUUCCGUGAAGAUGUGGAGCUCUUCUUUCUUCCAGCCAAUAGUCAAGAUGUGGAGCUCUUCUUGUGGAAUCCAGCCAGUAGAGAAUGUAAAACUUCCCACAAUCCCUUUGGUACUCAAUCCAGUUCAUUGGGUCACGGUCACCGUUCUGUGUGCGGUGUUGGUUACGAUCCCUUCACAGAUAAUUACAAGGUUGUGAUGCUCACUUCCUAUUACACUGAACCUUCAUCAUCCAGUGUUGUCUAUUCUCUGAAAACUAAUGCUUGGAGGAGAAUUCAAGAUAUCCAUUAUGCCCUUGCGGCAAGCCCUUGUGGGGGUAUUCUUAAAUGGGUGUCUCCAUUUCCAUUUGAAUUGUCGUUGCCUACUUGUCCGGAUGAUUCCGAGAAUGACACGUACUAUACGUUGGAGGUUCUCGGGGAUCGUCUUUGUUUGGUUUUUAGUCACCGUCAUGACCAAGUUCAAGCUUGGAUGAUGGAGGAUUACGGAGUAAGAAUCUUGGACCAAACUUCCAAGUGA